AAUUUUUUAACUAUUGCAAAUUAAGUGUCUUUCCAGAUGUUUCUUUUUGCAGAAUUUUUAUUUUUGGCAGCAAAUCGCGAAAGAGAGCGUAAUAAAUCAUUUAUAUAAUAUAGUAUCAAUAGCUCAUUAAAAUAUCUGAAAAUUGUCCAAAGAGCUUGAAAUGGAAAACAGUAGUGUUAAGAAUAUCUCACUACCGGAUGCGUUCAGGUCCUCUGAUAAAAUCAAAAUAGAGAACAAUGAACAAAUUUCUGCUGAGAACCAAUUAUGUAAACUCUAUGACGUAAAAUCGUCGGCAAUUGUCAAAUAUGAAUCUGUCACCCCUCUAAGCGAAUUUAAUAGGUUACAAUUCAACACCAACCUAAAUAAGGCUCCAAAAAAUUGGCUUAGAGCAUCUUCGAAAUAUGAAAGUUUCGUGCGGGAUGUCUCCCUGAAGACCAAUCACUUAUUUACAAGCUUCCAAAUGGCUCACACAUUUCCAGAAUGUGUUGGAGAAAUUGACAUAAUAACUGAUUCUGAAAAUAUUAAACAAUUGCUAAAAAUGCCUUAUAGUAAAGCUCCUGUGUCCAUGAUUGUUCAUAAAAUUGGUAGAACCGUUCUAAUAGAUGAAUUUGAUAUUCAUAGGCAUUUACUUAGAAAACAGCAGGAUGAUUGGGAAUGGCUAAGAAAAUUUUAUUUAGAAACUAUUCAAAGUCAGAUGGAAUUUUCAACAAAGAAAAAUAAGAGUAGAGACUAUUUACAAGACCGUAACAUGUUUUCUAAAUUUUUAUAUUAUAGCCUUCCUGAGGCACGUGAUGAAAAACCGGAAGAGACCCCAGAAUGUACUGAUUUACAAGCACCAAACAAUUUAUACUCUCUUCUUGACAUAUUUCCCCCGGGACAUAAACCUGAGAAAGAAUAUCAAAGAACUUGUGUUUGGUCGUUUGAAGAUUUAACAAUGCUAAUUGGAACAGACUUACCUAUUUUUGGAGACCUAAACCAUCCUUGUGUCAGCCUCAGGCUCAGAGACACCGAGAAGCCUAUCAAUGUUCUGACCGGUAUAGACUAUUGGCUCGAUAAUCUCAUGUGCAAUGUUCCAGAACUUGCCAUGUGCUAUCAUUUGAACGGGAUGGUUCAAGAAUAUACUUUAUAUAAAACUGAAGAAAUACCUAAUUUAGAAAACUCUAGAUUUAGGCCCCAAGUGAUAAAAAAUAUUGCUCAAAAUAUAUUAAUGUUCCUGAAAACAAAUGCUACAAAGGAGGGACAUACUUAUUGGUUAUUUAAAGGCGAAACGGAUGACUAUGUGAAAUUGUAUGAUUUAACUUCUUUAUAUAACGAUGAACCAACAAGCCAAGAAUUUUCUGAUAGUGCUAAUCCUUUUACCGGUCCAGUUGGAUUGUUACUUUAUAGAGUGGCUCAAAAAAUGAUGCAAACUGAAGGCAAAAAGAAAGCAAAAACUGUUCGAACUUUAUUAAAUAACUGUAUUAAACUUAUUGACGAAGAGGAACAUAAGAGAAUAAUAACCUCAGCACACUAUCUACUGGCGGACUUAUACACUAGGGAUGACGAAGAGGGGGAAAGUGAUGAUAGUGACUCACAGAUUUUUGAAGAUGAUGAAGAUGAUAAAGAUACUAUUCCAGAAAGUGGCGAUAAUUUUAAUUCUAUAAAUGUCAAACAACUCCUUUCACCUGACUAUCGUAUUUCACAAUGGGCUGAGAGUUCAGUCCGUCAGGGAGAACAAUACAAGCGUCUACCGAGUGAUCUUAAAGAGAAAUGCGCUAAAGGCCUUGAGCACAUUGUCCUGGCAUUAAAGUCAAUUAGAUCUAGCUUGGAAAAAAUCAGAAGAACUGAAAAGCAUACUGUCGAAGAACAAGCUCACUGUAAUCCGUCACAGGCCAUACCCUUACACUAUAAGCCACUCAGUGUAAAAAACACUAAUAGCGAGUCGCUUGUUAAACACUCUUCUCAGUUUAACUGGCAUCGAGAAUUAAGGAAUUUACUUUUAGCCAAAAGUGGUGAAUGUUACACUGAUUUAGCUUAUUUUACAAUGGAAGAGAAAAAUUAUGGUGAUACUUUGGUUUUUGUUAAGAAAGCUGUCUUUUGUUUCGAAUCGUGUAAUUUGCUGUCGCUGCCGGAGAAAAAUAUUCCUAGAACCCAAUCGAGUAAAGCAAUUUGUUUGGGCAUUCUUGGUGAUACUCUUGUGACAGUGGAGAGAUUAGUUAGGGAUGGAGAAAAUAUCGACCGUCUACUUAAGACAACAAUUCAUGCCACCGACAUUGAUGAAAUAGCUGGAAAUAUUAUUACAGAUUCAUGUUCAGAAUCAUUGGCAGAAAAGGAAUUCGAGUACGAUUGGAUCAAUGAAACAUUUAAAAGAUUGGAUAAUGAAGAUAUGUUAGUGCACGCAGCUGAAUGCUACCAAACAGCUCUUAAAUUACUCGUUCAAAAAAGACAAUCUUUUAGCGAUCACGACUUAAUGAAAAGAGCAGGAAACGUUUGGAAUGAAUUAGGCAUGCUAUUCAUGUAUAAUUCAAGAAAAUCUUACGAAGAUGUUGAUCAGGAAAAUAGAUUUAGAAAAUUCGCUAAUCAAGCUAUUGACUGCUUCGAAAGAGGGCUAAAAUCUUUUCAAGCCGAAGACUUUCUAAAUAAAAGUAUAUUGCACAAUAAUAUUGGAACUAUUCUUAGAUUAUGCGCUGAAGCUCAUAAUCGUUUUCAUUCUGAAAGGGGUGAAUUUAGUACUGCAGAGGGGAAAUAUUUCAGAAUGGCUGCUGAUCAUUUCCAAAAGUCACUUCAACUUUUGGAGAAUGCAAAAGACUUUGAAAAUAUUCAGUUUAUGGAUAAUAUACGCUGGAAUUUAAGUUCUACUUAUUUCUCAUUAGGAACACUGAUGCAGGACCAUCCUCCAGUGAGUGUAAUGGCCGAAGAGCAGAUCGAAGAAAAAGUCACAAACUAUCUACUUUUAGCUCUAGAAAACUGUAAAGUAGAACCAAAUUCAGCUAAAUUUCCAACUUGCCAAUAUAGAGAAGCUACUAUCCAUCAUCGUCUUGCUUCUCUAUAUCAUAACACAUUACGUAAUCAGUCUCGUAAUGCUUCAAGGCAAAAGAAAUUAAAGAGUAAUUUAAAUUAUCAUUAUAAUUCGGCAUUAAGAAUCUUUAAAGAACUUGAAAGCUCAACGGAAUGCAUACGAAUAAUUCUUGAGAGAAUAGCUUUUUGUGAAUAUACAUUAAAAAACCAAACGGAAUAUUCAACCAAGUUCAAUACUUUGAAAACAGGACUAUCCCUGUGUUUAUACGCUAUUGAACCACUGCAAAUAAUAAGUCAACAACUCAACGAUAGUCAGAUAUUAAAUUCUUCCAAUAUUCAACAAGCAAUAAAUAUAGAUGAGAAUGAAGUAUUGAAGCUGGAAGCUAUAUUGCGAAGCCGACUACUGGCGACUUUGUUAGCGAUCGUUCAAAUUAAUUCAUCGGUUAAGGGAAAAAACGUACCAACUAUAGAAAUUAUUGAAUUUUAUAAAAAGCUAUAUAAACAAGCCUUAAAAUCAACUUCACAGCAGUAUGACAAAGUGAUAGAAAGAACAAUGGCGAUACGACCACUUAGAAAGCGCCAAGAGUCUAAGAAGCGAACAAAGAAGUUUAUUCGCCACCAAUCGGAUAGAUAUGAUAAAAUAAAGAAGAGCUGGAGAAAGCCGAAAGGUAUCGACAACAGAGUUCGUCGCCGAUUUAAGGGUCAAUUCUUGAUGCCCAAUGUUGGUUAUGGCUCGAGCGCAAAAUCACGUCACGUUAUGCCCAACGGCUUCAAGAAAUUCCUUGUCAACAACGUGAAAGAUUUGGAAUUGUUGUUGAUGCAAAACCGCGUCUACGCCGGAGAAAUUGGCCACGCAGUCUCUUCAAGGAAGAGAAAAGCCAUCGUCGACAGAGCCCAACAACUAAACAUCAAGUUGACAAACGGGCACGCUCGCUUGCGUACCGAAGAAAACGAAUAA